AUGAGCCCCUUUUCACUUCAAAAGAUAAUUUUUAAUGACAACAAAUUGUUGAGCUGUGAAAAUGCCCCUAAGGACGAUGCCGCUUCGUUUAAAAACCUCACCACAUCACAAUUUAGAAGCGAGAAAGGAAAAACUGAGGUUCCCCACCGGAAGGAUGGAAACAACGAACUGAAGUGUGCACCAAAUUUUGACGAUAUGCCAAAUGGUUCCUCCCAGCAAAAUUGUGCUGACCACAGAAGUGGACCCCCCGCAAUGAAUACUGCACACACCUUGGAGAACAAUACAAAUAGGGGGUACAUGAAUUUGAUAAAAAAUAACGUAAGAAAUGUUAUCAGUAAUAUAAUUAAUAGGAAAUCCAUACUGGGAAGGAAAAACAACCAAGACGUUAGAGAAGACGAGAAAAAAAUGGCAGGUGAAGUAAAGAACAGGGGUCAGAAUAGUAAUGCAGCUCUGAGAAAAGAUAAGAACACCAAUGUAGAUCUGAGAAAAGAUAAGAACACCAGUGUAGCUCUGAGCAAAAGUGUAGAAUUUCCUGACACCAAUGGGCCAUCACCAGAUGCGAAACCGGUGCCAAGGGGUACUGAAAAAAAGGGAAGCACCUCCAACUGGGUUAGAAGCAACCAUGAAGAUAAGUCCUCCGUUAGAAAAACAUGGAUAAACUUAAAAAAUGUCCACAAGGAUGUUGCCAGAAAUGAUGCCAAAAAUGAUGCCAAAAAUGAUGACAAAAAUGAUGACAAAAAUAAUGCCAAAAAUGAUAACUCAAAGGUGAGUCUGAAGGAUGUGGCAAAACACAUCCCCGAUCAGUCAGAUGGAGGUAAGAGACAGCUAAGCGGAAGGGGAACUCCAACAAAUGAGAACAAUCGAAUCGCACAAAAGGUCAGCCACGGGGACCAGAGCAGAACCAACAGAAGUAGCGAAGCAGUGAAGGAGAAAGCAUGCAAUGAUGCGGCGUCUUCAAUUAGUAGACCAAGCGCACUAAGUGGGAAGGGACAAUCGCUUAUUAGAAGAGUCCCCUCCCCAACUAACAGAGGCACAGCGCUAGCAACCAAACCGUUCAUAUUGGGAAUAAAAAAAAAUGAAAAAAUCCCGAAUAAGCAAAACGUCUUCACCUCGAGGACCACACACAACAGAGAAAAAUACAUAGGCAGAAGUACCACCCCAAAUUUUCUGCAAAAUGAUAGCUUUCAAAAAAACUUAAAAAAGACAUUAAUUGACACCAUCAUGAAUCCUGACAAGGGGGACCGCACACCGGAACUAGCGGCACCGUUAAGAACAACGCCGAGGAUAACGCCAGGGAUAACACCAAGGACGACGAAAACGCCAACAGCAACGAAUAUGCUGAACAGAAGUGGACACCGGGACUUACUCAGAAGGGAGACAAUUUUAAAUCAAAAGGGCUUUACACAUGGAGAUAAGACAAAACGCGUGAUCAAAUAUUCGUCGCCAGUCAGUGCGAAUAGUGCCAAAGCGAUUAGCUCCCACAUGAAAGGGGAGAACCCGUUAGAAACGAAGCAGCAAAUUAUGAGGAGGUACUCUACAGCGGUUAGAAACAGAAACUCAGUGUUAAGAAAGAACAGCGUAAGGACAAAUGGACACCUCUCCCUUUAUAAACUAAAUGGGGAGGGAAACGAAAAAAAAAAAUUAGCCUAUCAGCCAAAUCAUACACCGAAGAUGAUCAACUCUAUUAACCACGCGCAAGCUCCUGACAAAACGGAAUGGAGUAGCAAAGAGGAUGGAAAAGCUUCUCAUAAUGAUGUCUCGCCGAGCAAUGCAAAUUAUAAGAAUGAAAUGGCCUCUAAAAUGUUCCCCUUUCAAAGGAAUAAAAUAGACGGGGUGGCGAAUUCGGCUCUAAAAAAUGGAAGACCGAUUAAGCAAACUUCACCAAAAGGGGAAGCUAAAUAUAGGAAUAAUCCUGCGUCGAAGCAAGGUACAGAAAAAUGGGGACUACAUAAACGGAUGGGAGGAAAUAAUGAACCAUCCCCUCUGCAUAUGCCUAGACGAUCCAGCACGAUGAAUUCUACCAUGGUAAAUAAGGAAUGUUCAGUGCAAAGUAGGACACUUAAACUGUCUGAUAGUGUAGCUAAGGGUCAGGUAAAAAAAGGGAUGGAUCUUAAAACGGGAUACAAAUUAGAUAGAAGUAUGGGGAACAAACGUUUUUUCCAAGUAGAUAAUAUUGAGAAAGUGGGCCCUGCGAAUCAUGGUGUGAAGUGUAAAAGUAGGUAUGCCUCGGAAGGAGACGAAUGUGUGGGGGGUCAUCUUGAUGAUGAGAAUGGGUCCCUCCCCAAUUAUGUUGUCAAGGGGGAGCAAAGUAGUGGCAAGGGGGAACAAUCAGCGAGGGGAGCGCCACUUGAGGGGCCUGACCAAAGCGACGUGAUGAAUCGACAAACGGGGGAAGCACUUCCCGAAGGAGAAAUAAAAAAAAGUGCCAACCCCGCAAAGCAUACACCAGAUGGAGUAGUCACAAAGGACGAGGUAUAUUACGACUCAUCAACAGUCAACUCGGCACAGACGAAGUACCGCGAAACAGAUUUAUAUGAAGAUUUUAACGACACCACCAUGAUGGUGUUAAAGAAAAAUUUGGACUAUGGAGAGGAGACGCCUAGCUGUGUUACCCCCAUUUUGGUAACUCAGCGGGAGGAUCAGCAUCAUGUCGAUAAUAUCUACAACGGUGACAAUUUAAGCGCGCAGUGCGUGAAAAUAGAAAAUGGCCCUCCCUACAAGCUGGCGGAAUGUGUCUUUCCCGGAGAAGAGCCUGCCUAUGAGGUGGAAAAAGUGGAUACACAGAAGGGGGGACCAAACAGUGAGGUGGUGGAAGUCAAACUGGAGGGAGCUGAACUGGACGAAGCUGAACCGGAUAAAGAUGAACCGGACGAAGCACAACCGAAUGAAGCUGAACCGGACAAAGCUCAACCGGACAAAGCUGAACCGGACAAAGCUGAACCAGACAAAGCUGAAACGGACAAAGCUGAACCAGACAAAGCUGAACCGGACAAAGCUGAACCGGACAAAGCUGAACCGGACGAAGCUGAUAAAAGUGGUUCCUCUCCCACGGCACAGAGUGACAUCUUGGAAGAUGAUGCACUUGUUAACAACGAUACAGAAAAAAGCAGCGCGAACCAUGUACGAGUAAACAAUCAGCCGGACGGGCUGCUCACCCUGCUAGGGAGAGAAGUGGCCCAAUUUUGCACCGCCGAAGAAACAGUCAGGGAUGAAGCGAUAAAUGCCCUUAGAAGUGAGAACGAUAAGGUAGACGAUUCAGACAGUGAGUUCAUCACCCUCGUGAAGGAGGAGAAUCUCCGCAAGGAUCCCUCAUCGGACAAUGUCAGCAGCCAUGUACAAAUGAACGGGGAAGAUAACAUACCCGUAAAGGAAGAACAAAACGGGGAUGUCCUCAUUCGAGGUGAUAGUCGUCACAUCAUAAUUGAAGAAGAAGAAGAACAACAAGGCAAUAAUUACCAUGAGGAGAAUGAGGGAGUAGCCGAAAUAGGGCAAAGCAAAAAAAGCCAUUAUGUAUGCAUAAGAGUAGAAUCCGAGGAUGAAGACGUCAUUACUGAGAAUGUCAAAAUUUACUUAAAGAGCAAAAGCCAAGAGGAUGGAUUCGAAGUCGAAUGGGGAGGAGCUGCUUCUAAAAAUUGCGUAACUAACCAAAGCGUAAAAAAUGAUGAAAAUAUCUCGACACAGGAGAAUACUGGACAGGUGAGCAAAUUGGCCGUUUCGCACGAUCCUGUGGGAAGUUGCAACUUGAAGGACGGGAGCAAAACGGGGGAAGCUAUUAUAAGAGGGGGGGAAAUGAGCGACCAAGAAGGGAUGAUGCUGGAGGGGGAGCAGGAAGAAAGGAUGAUACUGGAGGGAGAGCACGAAGAAAGAUCAUACUCCCAACGUAGCGGCAAAGAUAAAGUGCUGCUAACCCCCCGUAAGGAGUGCAGUGGAGGAGCUGAGUCACCUGAAACACACCGCGCAAAGCGACUCCCAUCUAGCUUAAGAGAGGGUAAUAACACACCGCCAGAACUUGGGAGGGAAAAAAGAGGUGCACGUGAAAAUAAUAGCGCCAUUUGUGGAGACGAACAAGGCAGUAAGAGGGGAAGCCAUUUUAAGGCAGUCCAAAUAUGUGCAGCCCUGCCCUGUGGGAAGUAUUUCCCUCGAAGGAGGCACAAAAUGGUGAGGAAAAAUAACAUGUAUAAUUUCUGCUCCAAGUACAAGAGGAAUUACAAUCUCAGAUUACAUCAUCGCAAGGUGAAGGAAAGAAAAGUGGCGAGCGAUGGAGGAAAGAACGAACAGGCUGGUACACAUGCAGAGAGGGGCUUCUCAUGUGAAGGGAUCAUUUUAGGGGGGGAAGCAUAUCCGGGUGCUGAGCAGGGAAACGCUUCUUCCAACGAAGGCGUCGCCGAUCAAUUGUGCAGUGGGAAAAAAAGGAAAAUUGGUAAACUGCUGAUAAAUGUUGCCACCCCCAAUCGCCUUUUGAAGAAAAAAAAAACGCAGCCAAGUUCACUCGUCAAGAGUCGUUCCCCGGGAGGGUUGACGUGCAGGGUGAGGAUGUCCAGGGGCGGUGAGGGCCGCAGAAAGGGGAAAGGAAAAGAGUUAAAAAAGGGGGAGAUAAUAGACAACGAUAAUUUCGAGCUGGCCCAAAAGUUGAUGCUCUUAAUUUUCGAGAAGGAGGAGGAGUUAUACAUGCAGUUCGUAGACGUGGAGAGGAGUGACACGAGCACGUGCGCCGAUUUUUCCCCCCUCGGCGGAGGAGAUGCGAACCCAGCAGAUGAGCUGAGCCGAGUAGAUGAGGCGAGCCUAGCAGUCGAGCCGAACGGAGCAGUCCCGCCGAACCGAGCAGACGAGCCGAAGAAUAGUUCUGUGUGUAGUGCAUCUGGUGCACCGAAGCAGAGGGAAAAAAAAGUGUCUCAUUACAUGCAGCAAAUUGUCGACAACUGCCCAUCAGAUUGGCCCCUCUUAGACAUAGCCAUACUAAUAAUCGUCUCCCAAAUAGUAUGCUACAUUUUUACCCAUAACAAAUGGAAGUGCUUUUUUCACAGCUGUGUUUUAUUCGAAAAAUUCUGUAUUGCCAUUCUGCUGAAUUCGUCUAUAAUUAAUUCAGAGAAAAAUGGAACCCCCAUCUUGAUGUUUGAGCACGAGUUUUUUUGCAAAAUAUUGACCUCUGGGAAUGGAGAGUUAUCCUCCAGUGCGAUGAAAUCCCGGUGUGAGUACUUAAAGAAUGACCACGUGGGUAAAGAAAUGACAAUUCUGGAUGUGAUUUUCCUGGCCUUGGCUUCGUACAUCACCGUGAGCCAAAACUUGAGUGAGUAUGUCGAAAGGAACAACCUUGUAUACUAUUUGGACUUGUUUCGAAAGAGAGCCCGUGAACGGGGGGUCGAGGAGGAGAGGCGGAGAAGGAGAAAGAGGAAGCUGUGUCGCGUGAGGAAUGAAAUCAGGGGGGGCCUCCAAAGCAGGGAAGAUCACCAUGAAAGGAGUCUUAUCAGCCGCCAAACUGGGGAAGGUGAUCAGCAAAGCAAUCUUAGCAGCCGACAAACUAGGGGAGGUAGCCAAAGGAGGCCUAGUAACCACUCCAAUUAUACCUCAAAAAAGCAGCGAUUUUCCGAAUCCCUGCACCAGAGAAAACGAAGUGAAGAGGAAUACCUCUGUGAGCGAACGAAGAGGAGAAGAAUGACGUACGAGAAGAAUGUGAAGCGGAGGCUGAGCAUUCUGAGGACAGCCAAAUGCAUCACUAAAGUGGAGAACCACUCGAUGCGUCCAAGGAGUAGUUGUCUUGACGCGUGGCAUGCGAAGGACAUUCCCAAAACGGAGAGUGAGAACCAACAGGAGGAUAAUAAAGGGGAAAGAUUCUUCCUCUUUAGGAGUAAAAAAAUUGACUCCAUUGUGCAGUACCAUACUAGGAGCCACUUAGAAAAAAUGUUGUGCCAUAUUGUUAUCGAGAUCUUCAACUUGGUGUAUGCGUUUGGGGAGUACUCCGUGGAGAAUGUGCUAAUCAUUAGGAAGUUUUUCCGCGUGUUUCUAAACUUCGCGCAGAAGAGAUUCAUCGGCUUGUCCGUGCGGGCGCACACUGGAGGAAGCGGUGUGGUUAGCGGAAGCGGCGAGGUCUGCGGUGAAGUCUGCGACGACUUGGGCAGCGAACUAGACGCUACCGCUAGCGCUUCCUUCCCUGCGAACGUGCGCGCCGUGGUGCCCCCGCCCCAGAGGAUCUAUGACAACUACUAUAACGUGUGGAUUUGGGUGGAAAGGAUCUUUUCCCAGAACUUUUACGAGCUGAACAAUCUCCUGUAUAAUAUAGGCCUGGAGAAAAAUAGCCUGUUGCGCGACGACAAUCUGAAUGCCAACUAUGCAAAGAUAGAAACGAUUAGCAAAAACGUGAAGAGAUUUUCCGCAUUGCAGAGGCGGAAUUGCUCCGUGUUGAGGAGAUACUGGGCGACGUUCGGGUCCAAGGAGGGAAUUACACCAAAUGGUGAAGAAGACGUAGUCGGAGUAGUUGGCCUUGGUGGUGACAGAAGAAGGGGCACAACGGUAGAAGGGCCCCCUCUGGAGACAUCCAUGGAAGAAGCACCCAACGGUUUGGGGUCCCACGAGUGGCUCCCGAAGGGAGAGCUAGACAAGGAAAACUUGCGUAAACAUAGAAUCCUCUGUAAGCUCGAAAAAAGGGACCACUCGAAGGAUAGGCUAACCUCCCACUUCUUAACUGCAGUCGAGUGCAUUUAUCAUGUAUACCAGUCAAUGGAGGAAAUUCCGUCUUUUCUUCAUUUGAAGAAAAAAAAAUAUUUUCCAAACUACAUGGGUAGUAGCAAAACGGAAAAUGGAAAAGGAUCAACGGGGAUACCUUUUUUGAAUGGCUCUACGAAUGAAAAGUGGGAUCUGGGAAGAGGCUAUUCUAGUCCAAGCCAAGUGAUGGUACUUCUGAACCAGCACAUGGAUGGUAGCAAUAACUACGAGAGGGGGGUGAAUGACCAAUUGGGAAGGCGCUCUAGUGCUGCGAUGGAGGAUCAGACCGAUCACUGGAUUAGACAGCUAAAGCGUAGAUUAAAAAUAUACGACAUACAGUGGCAUGAAGAAUAUGAAAAGCAGUACGUAAAUUUGGCUAGCUCCAUGAGGAGGUUAAAAAAAAAAUUCAAAGAAAAAAACUUGUUUUGUAAGAUCAUGGAGAGUGACGUAAAUUCCAUUUGGCUAGACAAGAACCAGGUGUAUCUUCAAUACAUUCAGAUAACGAUAAAUUGCAAAUUUUUUCUGGGUUGUUCCUAUGAUGAGAUUUUCCAGUUCAUAAAAGGGAACUAUGCCUUUGUGUUUAACAUGGUGAAGGAGAUGCAGAGGGGCCAAAUUUCUUCCGAGGGUACGAGUCCCCCAUCUGAGGGGGGAAGAAGGAGAAAGUUUCAAGACGACAACUUCCUACUGAUGGCAUGGGAAAUCGCCAACUUUUACUUUUGCAUUUUAUAUUACAAAUUUGAGCUGAAGGAGAUUUUGCAUGAGCUGCUAAAGUGGAUUUCUAUUUUUAGUGAACUGGAGGAGGGGGAGAGGGACAGCGAGAGGGUGACGCGUGUAAGCGAGUGGAACAUGGAGAUGCGUGCCGCUUCCUUGCUGACGUACAAGCAGCGGUGCGUAUCGUACGCCGCGCACAUUUUGAUAUUCCUGAAUGAGUACACCUGCGCGCAGAGCGUGCUGAAGCAGUUCUCGCGGGAGUUUCUGCGAAAUGGGGGGCAACGGAAGCGGGAACAUGGCACCCAGUUAGGAAACCACGGGUUAGGCAGCCACCGGUUAGGUGGCAACCCGUCAGAUGCGAACCGCUCCUGUGGCAACCCCUCAUGUGGCAAACCGGUCGAAGCCUCCUGCAUCGAGCAAAGCAGAGCAGCUGCCAUCCGCAGGUGCGAACGAACAACUCUGCAUGCGCACACCAUGAACAAAUGCUACCUAUACGACAAAUGGAUCAAUUUCUUGAUUAGAAAAUACAACCGCCUGAUUCCGUUCUUGCUGAAAAAAAAAAAUAUCGUCAAGCUGAUUCUUUUUAAUAAUAAGAAUGUAAAAAUACUGCUCAAAAAGAAGAAGGAAAAAGUAAUCACAAAAAAAGUGAUGAGUAAAAUGCAGCAACUGCAUAGGGUUGUUUUGUCUCUUUAUUGUCUCUGUGUUAAGCUGUACAAGGGCUAUUACGAUCACGCGUCCAUUUUGCAUUUCAAAACUGCGCAGCAGUUGUUGGUCGCUUCGAAAUAUUUGGGCAUUCAUAUUAAAGAGAGGGAGGUAGUGACGAGUUAUCUCCCAUCGGAACAUGCAAAUGGAGAUGUGGGGAAGAUGGGAAUGACGCUUCUCAACGAGUUGCCUUACCAUGGGGCUUCAAACAGCUUUCUAAGCGGCGAUGGUGGAGAGAACCUAUUUUCGGGCUCUCCUUUUGGCGAUGCGAUGGGUGGAUCCCCUGCGGGAGGUCGCGCAGCCUCGGAGUGGGCUUCCCCUGGGUUGUACUUGCGUGGGGAGAGUAGUCCCUACGUUAGUCCUUACCGGGGGAAAACUAACUGGGACGAGGAAGGACAAAACAACGACGACAUGUUCUACCUUCACGCGCUUGUUCUGAGCAUACAGAUACAGUACACCCUCUCGGUAUGCAUCAUAAUAUGCGCAGAUUUGUUUAUCUCCCCGGCCAAGUUAAACCGACUCGCGCGGGGAAGGCGAACCAAUAAAGACCCUCCUGCAAUGAGCAAGCCGAAGCAUCAUUACCCCUACGUGCGAUCAUUAUUUAACUGCAAAAUUUUGCGCAAGCAUUACAGAGUUAUAAAUGGGUACGAUUUUUCCAAAGGGAAAGGCAGAAAUGAUGCAAAACGAAGAAGGAAGAAAAAGAAGAAAACAAAAGAACCCGUGAGUUGUAGUCGUAUGGGGCUGUCUGCACCUAUGCACAUGUACUACGUUAACUAUGUUAGUGACAGGGCCAACAAGGGAAGCCACGGCAGCGAGGGCUUCUCAUCCGGGGUGGAGUUACAAACGGAUAAAAAAGUUCCCUACGGUGUUCAGCGCGCAGGUAAAUUGUGUUCCCAGGGAGAGGAAUCACACGUAGGAGACAGCUCCAAAGAUUCACCCACGGAUUGUUGGCAGGACCACCAGUGGAGCAAUCAGCCGGAUCGGGACUGUCUCUCUGACGUCGUAAUGGAAAAAACGCAUGACUACCCCGAUGGCGACCUCAAUGACUCCCCCAAUGGCUACCUUAGUGAGUGCCUGCCCGGCCGCUACGAAAAUUUCAAGAGGUCAAUUUUGAAAAAAAGGGGGACCAACUUGCGCGUCCGUGAUGGAAGGUUGAAGCAGAACGGGGAUGACUGCACCGUGCAGACGAGCGGGCCACACCCGGUGGACACAAAAAACGCUUAUCACAUCCUAGUGCAAAUUUCGACGUGGCUAAGUAAAAACUCCGCUGCGCAGCUGGCGUGGAUUGGUCAGAAACUUUUUAAGAUGUGCCUGCCGGAACUGCUGUGCAUCGUCUUGGCACUCCAAGCCAACAUGUUCAUGGGCAAUAACAUUUUGACGAACAUAAAACGAAUGGAUCGCAUACUGAAGCUCUGCGCGGAGAGCCCGCAGCUGGUUUACUUUGCCGCGGAGUCAUUGAAAAAUCACAAUAGUAAGACAAAUCGGAAGACAUACAGAAAUUACUUUAGCAUAGGUAAAAGGUACAAAGAAAUUUUUGUGAAGAGAAAAAGGGAUGUCAUCGAGUCGAAGGAAGAGCUCUUCCAACUGUGUCGGCAUCUUUUACCAUGCGGUGGGGUGGACAAGGGGAACAACCACAACAGUGCAGUGUGA